GCGAGGCAGACGAAGGAGAGUUUUGGUGGAUAUUGUUGUUUACUGCCAUAUCCUCUCGUCGCGUGCUAUCCAUUCCCUUUGCUGGAGUGCACGUCCCGCCGUUCCCCAUGGCCACCACGUAUCCAGGCCUCACCGCCGCCGCCAGCCCGCUCCGGCCAAGUCCACGGAGGCGGCUUCUCCUGGUGGUGUGCCAGUGCAACUGCAACGCCUCCGCCGGGCGGAGGUCAGCCUGCGUGUCCCUAGGACUCGGCCUCGGCCUCGCCGCGACACUUGUCCAGCAGCAGCAGAAUGCCGCCUUGGCCGCCGACGAGGAGCCGGCGAACAACGGGUGGUGGCUGACGGAGUUCCCGUUGCCGGUGAAGAAGAUUGUAAACAAAGAAUGGAUGGCAGAGGAGCUGAACAAUGCGGAGACGGGGAGCCGGACGUUCGUGAGGAACGGGAUAUACAUCGCGGACAUCGGGGAGAGCUACGCGGCGCACGCGUACAGGCUGCGGAGCACGGCGUUCGACCUGCUGGCGCUGGAGGACCUGCUGGGCAACCACGCCGACCGCGCCAACUACGUCACCAAGUACCUCCGCCUCAAGUCCACCUUCAUGUACUACGACUUCGACUCCCUCCUCUCCGCCGCCGCCGCCGACCUCCGCCCGCCGCUGCUCGACCUCGCCACCCGCCUCUUCGACAGCUUCGAGACCCUCCAGCGGGCCACCGCCACCAAGGACGACGCCCAGAUCGCCGCCUCCUACGCCCACACCAAGACCAUCCUCCACGAGGUCAUGGCCAAAAUGGCCUAGCCCUUCUUCUUCAUUGUUGCUGCUACUGCUUACACUAUAUUACUACAUAUAAUAUACAUUAUGAAUCUACUAGACAUAUGAAUGAAAUGUACUCCCUCCUCCCUCUGUCCUGUCCUAGAUUGAUUAUAAGUGAUUUACGAUA